UGUAAAAAACGAUGCAUCCUUAUUUUAAUAGGAGUUAAUCUUUUAAAAAAUGACAUUCAGCUUUGGCUCUUCAACUGGAAAUGCAACUUCAGGGUUUACUGGUUUUGGGAAUGCAGCAAAAACUACUGCUAGCAACAUGUUUGGGAGUGGAUUUGGAGCAACUACUUCAUCAUCAGGUUUUGGAAAUACUACUGCAGUUACACCUUUUAACUUUGGAGGAACCACUGCAGCAACAACAACUAGUUCUUUGUUUUCUGGAUUUGGUGCCAAGACUACAGCAUCUUCAACUGGUUUCUCAGGAUUUGGAUCAGGUUUUGGAGGUUUUGGAGCCACUACAACCAGUGCUCCAUCUGCUUUUGGUGGAGGUGGAACUGGAAUGCUAGGUGGUGGUGGUUUAUUUGGUGGAAGUGGAACUGGAACAUUAGGUGGUGGUGGUUUAUUUACAGGUUUUGGAACAAAUCCCACAUGGACUUCAGGACAAACACAGCAACCACAGCAACAACAACAAGCUGCUGUUGUUGAGAAUCCAUUAGCUGCAAUGACAAGUGCUGUGACCAUGCCAACGUUGUUUGGAGAUGAAAGAGAUUCGGUCAUUGCUAAACUCAAUCAACUUCAAGCUUUAUGGGGCUAUGGUAAAGCAUUCUACUCUAUAAACGCGCAGCCAAUUAAUUUUACAUUAGAGAAUCCAUUUUGUAGAUUCAAAACGAUUGGUUACAGCUGUUUACCUUCAGCAAAAGAUAGUGAUGGUUUUGUUUCACUUGAUUUAAAACACAAAGAGGAUUAUGUAAAGCAAAAUCAGACACAACUAGUAGAUUCUAUACACAAAAUUUUAGGUAGUCAGACAACACUAUCUGUGUGUGUUGAAAGUGUGAGAAGCUUACCUGGAGACAAGUCUGAAGUGAUUAUAUUUGUGGUAGAACGUCAGUCUAAUGGCGCUUCUAGGAGAAUACUGGCUACAGAACUUUAUGCUGUUUUUAGUCAGGAUAAUUUAAAGAAACAACUUGAAGCAAUAGGCGUUGAAAAUAUGGUAGCAAAAACAGCUUUGAAUGAAUCACAGCUUAAGCAGUUUCUUGAUAACCCCCCACUUGGAGUUGAUUUGAUACUUUGGGAACAAGCUAAAAAAGAUAAUCCUGAUCCUAAAAGGUUAAUUCCUGUGCCAAUGAUGGGAUUUGAUGAACUCCGUAAGCGUUUAGAUCACCAAAAAUAUCAAAACAUUCAACAUCAGAAACGUUUAGAUCUUAUAUCUGAUGAGAUCAGCAAGUUACAAACAGCCCACUCGACAACUGUUGCUAAACUUGCUCAAUACAAACGAAAGCAUUUAGAACUUGGUCACAGAACCCUCGAGGUGAUGAUAUAUCAAGAGACUGUGCGUAAAAUGGGCUUUGCAAUUGAGCCAGAGGAAGAACAUUUAAGAAUUCAGUUAGAAUCGUUGCAAGCCGAGCUAAAUUCUCCUAUGCAAUUCAAGGGACGCUUGAAUGAACUUAUGUCUCAAACUCGACUUCAAUCUCAGAUCAAUAGUUCACAAAACAGCGCGGGUUACGUUUUAGAUGAUCAAACAAAAGCUGAAAUAAAACUUCACCUUGCUCAGCAACAAAAUGGAUUGUUAAAUCUUAUUUCGAUUAUUAAAGAUGACUUUGAAGAUUUGAAGAUCAUUGAAAAUGGAAUACUCGAUGCUUACAUACCUCGGCGCUAAUUUUUGCUUUAAAGAGGUAUGGAUAGACGGAUAUAAUAAAUCCUAAUGACUAAAACUAUGGUUUAAUGUGGUUUCACUUACUGAUAUAAUUCACUUCCUAAUAUAAAACCUAAUAAUGCUUGAGAUAUUGUUGCGGACAUCGAAAAUGCAUUGCUUCAAAAAAUUACAGAAUUUUUUAAAAAAAAGUGAUAUGUAAUUAUUUCAGAGAAAUGUGAAACAUAUUUAUGAAUAUCUUAUUAAUCCUCGUCAUUAAAAGAAAAAUUCCAAAUUUUCAUGUAAACUUUUUCUUGAAAUUUUUCUAUGGUUGUUAAUUGUAUUUAUACGAAAUAAAACUAGACAAACUUUUAA